UAUUAUGUUCCUACUCCACCCCAGGGGGCGCUUGUUGCUCUGUGAGUCUCAGCCCUCAGGCCUCUUAUCAUAGCAACCCAUUGCAGAUGACAAGUUGGGGCUUGUCUGUUGUGAGCUGUGAGCCAAUGGGCUGAGCCAGAGCUUCAGCUUCCUCUCUGUCUCAGUGCACUGCAGCCUGCUGCUGCCUGCCUGUAGACUUAUAGUAGCGCUCACUGCUCUGUGCUGCUCUGAUGCUCACCCACACACCCACAGCUGUUCAGCCUGGCUAGUCCCACAGAGAGAGAAGCAGAGAGGCAGUGUGUCUCCAAGCCUCUACAAAACAGAAUCAGAUCCUUCUCACGAGCCUCUGUGGACUCCAAUCAAGUUAUAGAAACAUCUCAAGGAUGACCAAUGGAUGACCAAUGGAAACGGGAUGCACCUGAGUUCAAUUUCAAGUCUGAAUACUUAUUUAAAUAAGGUGUCCACUGCUACUCCACUGACUGACACAGAGCUAUACUCUACCAGCGGAGGUGCUGUGAGCGGCUGGAGGUCGUCAUGGCAACCCAGAGACAUGUACCCAGUGACAGUCUGGCUAGAACAUUCAGGUCCUGUGCCAGAAACCCUAGUGAGGUCAUCUCCACUAGACUGAGAGACAUGCUCCACACCUUCAUCCAGCACUACCAGGAACCAUGGGAAGAGAACCACAGCCGAGACAGAGAGAGAGGAGUGAAGUUCUCCAGCCAGACAGAGGCUUUGUACUACAGGGUUCUAGAGGCUGUCAUCAAUCAGGAGAGGAAGAGGCUGGGAGCCAAAAACAUUUUAGGCAUUCUGGAGCAUGAUCUGUCCCAGCGCUCUCUAGUGGCCUGUUGUCUGGAGAUGGUAAUCUUCUCCCAUCAGCCACCAGGCAGCUUCCCCCUGGUCAUUGACAUCUUUAGCCUGGCGCCAUAUGACUUCUACAAGGUGAUAGAGCUGGUGCUGCGGGCUGAGGAGGGCUUGCUGCCGGGUGUGGUCAGGCAUCUGACCCAUAUAGAGGAGCAGGUCCUGGAGAGUCUGGCCUGGAGGAGAGACUCACCACUCUGGGACCAGAUCAGAGCUGCUAAGGGUCAGGGACAGCUGCCUGCAUACCAUCAGGUGAUGCUCCCCCAAUACUCAGAGGACACAGACAAGAUGGCCAAGAUCCCUCCCACCCCUUCACACUUGACCUCAAGCCUUGUGAAUGGGAUCCAUGGAAUUGACCUGAACUCCCCGAUUACCCACCAUGAACGCUACAGCUCACCCCCUGCUGGCUCAAAGAUGGCCGCUUGCCCUACCACACCAGUCAGCCCAUCCCAGUCCUCCUCUGUCAUUGUUACUGGACAGACUGUAGUCACCAUGGCAUCAGCCACUGUCACCACCAACAAUGGCCAGUCAGUCAGCAUACCGGUUCGAGGCAUUGCCAACGACCGGGGAGCCAUCACAUUUACCCUCAGUGUUGUAGGUCAGCCCAUUCUUCCACAGCAAGUCUCUAGCACCUCUACCCAGCAGCCCCAGAACCCUCUACCCUCUACCCAAGCAACUGUGUUAGGAGAUCAAUGUUUUGCUUGCUUUUGUGUGUAUGUAGACCCCAGCAGUAGCUUGCUUACCUACCAGAGCCCUCCCACCCAUCCUACAGGACCCAGAGCUCCCUGUAGACCGGACCAGGAGGAGAGAGGACACCUCAUCUAUUUCUACAACACCGUCUAUGUCAAACAGAUGAAGGACUUUGCCCUGCGCUACACCUCCAGCUCUCUGACCAUAGCCGGGAGUCUGAGAGAGAUCAGCGACAUGAUGAAGACAUUUCAGUCACGCACCAGGAAAUGCUGUGCAGCCCAGCUGCAGGAGGACGGUGAGGAGGAGGGUGGGCCGCUUGCGAAGAGACCCUGUCAGGAUAGACCGUCAAACUUGCAGAGAAAGCUCAGGGACUUCGACCAGGCACUGAUGAGGGCCCAGAACCAGCAACAAGCCCAGACCGGGGCCAAGGCAACAGCACACAAUGGGACGCAUUGAUGACAUCUCACUUUUUUUGACUUACCGCCAUGCUUCAUACUUCUUGCAGGUCUACACUCAUUGGAAGAAUAUGGACAACAGGCACUGAUGAUGGGAGAAUGGAUGCUGUGGAUCUACAAUGUUAGAAAGAAUUGGCAUCAUUAGCACUCAGCGAAGUUCUCUUAGCAAGCAAUGUUCAUGAUUAGAAAAGCUGAUUUGUAAUAAUAAUAAUGAGGUUAAUGUAAUAAUCUGAGGGUAACUAGGGCUCUGUAUCAAAUAUCAUAUCAUAUACAGCAUAUAUUCAUCCAAAGUAAGCAGUAAAGGAAUUGUGUUGGUACUGAGCACUGUCUACAGUUUGUGUUUGGUGAGAGGGAGGAGACAAUGUUCUCUGGAACAUACCGUAUGUUAUUAGUUUCAAUUUUCAAGUUUAAUUUGUCACCUCACAAGUACAGUGAAAUGCUUAAAUUGCAAGCCCUACCCAACAGUGCAGUAUUCAAAAUUUAAAAAAGCAUAACUAAUUUAAAACAAAUUAAACACAGAUAUGACAUAUAGGUGAGCCUUUUAAAAUGAUUAUACAUGUAUCUGUUAGGACCAGAUGUUAGAUAAUAUUCUGUUUAAUUGUUAUACAAUGUAAUGUAUCUGUUAGGACCAGAUGUUAGAUAAUCAUGUUUAAUUGUUAUACAGUGUAAUGUAUCUGUUAGGACCAGAUGUUAGAUAAUAUUCUGUUUAAUUGUUAUACAGUGUAAUGUAUCUGUUAGGACCAGAUGUUAGAUAAUCAUGUUUAAUUGUUAUACAGUGUAAUGUAUCUGUUAGGACCAGAUGUUAGAUAAUCAUGUUUAAUUGUUAUACAGCGUAAUGUAUCUGUUAGGACCAGAUGUUAGAUAAUAUUCUGUUUAAUUGUUAUACAGUGUAAUGUAUCUGUUAGGACCAGAUGUUAGAUAAUAUUCUGUUUAAUUGUUAUACAGUGUAAUGUAUCUGUUAGGACCAGAUGUUAGAUAAUCAUGUUUAAUUGUUAUACAGUGUAAUGUAUCUGUUAGGACCAGAUGUUAGAUAAUAUUCUGUUUAAUUGUUAUACAGUGUAAUGUAUCUGUUAGGACCAGAUGUUAGAUAAUCAUGUUUAAUUGUUAUACAGCGUAAUGUAUCUGUUAGGACCAGAUGUUAGAUAAUCAUGUUUAAUUGUUAUACAGCGUAAUGUAUCUGUUAGGACCAGAUGUUAGAUAAUAUUCUGUUUAAUUGUUAUACAGUGUAAUGUAUCUGUUAGGACCAGAUGUUAGAUAACAUUCUGUUUAAUUGUUAUACAGUGUAAUGUAUCUGUUAGGACCAGAUGUUAGAUAAUCAUGUUUAAUUGUUAUACAGCGUAAUGUAUCUGUUAGGACCAGAUGUUAGAUAAUAUUCUGUUUAAUUGUUAUACAGCGUAAUAUAUCUGUUAGGACCAGAUGUUAGAUAAUCAUGUUUAAUUGUUAUACAGCGUAAUGUAUCUGUUAGGACCAGAUGUUAGAUAAUCAUGUUUAAUUGUUAUACAGCGUAAUGUAUCUGUUAGGACCAGAUGUUAGAUAAUCAUGUUUAAUUGUUAUACAGCGUAAUGUAUCUGUUAGGACCAGAUGUUAGAUAAUCAUGUUUAAUUGUUAUACAGUGUAAUGUAUCUGUUAGGACCAGAUGUUAGAUAAUAUUCUGUUUAAUUGUUAUACAGUGUAAUGUAUCUGUUAGGACCAGAUGUUAGAUAAUAAUUCUGUUUAAUUGUUAUACAGCGUAAUGUAUCUGUUAGGACCAGAUGUUAGAUAAUCAUGUUUAAUUGUUAUACAGUGUAAUGUAUCUGUUAGGACCAGAUGUUAGAUAAUCAUGUUUAAUUGUUAUACAGCGUAAUGUAUCUGUUAGGACCAGAUGUUAGAUAAUCAUGUUUAAUUGUUAUACAGUGUAAUGUAUCUGUUAGGACCAGAUGUUAGAUAAUCAUGUUUAAUUGUUAUACAGCGUAAUGUAUCUGUUAGGACCAGAUGUUAGAUAAUAUUCUGUUUAAUUGUUAUACAGCGUAAUGUAUCUGUUAGGACCAGAUGUUAGAUAAUCAUGUUUAAUUGUUAUACAGUGUAAUGUAUCUGUUAGGACCAGAUGUUAGAUAAUAUUCUGUUUAAUUGUUAUACAGCGUAAUGUAUCUGUUAGGACCAGAUGUUAGAUAAUCAUGUUUAAUUGUUAUACAGUGUAAUGUAUCUGUUAGGACCAGAUGUUAGAUAAUCAUGUUUAAUUGUUAUACAGUGUAAUGUAUCUGUUAGGACCAGAUGUUAGAUAAUCAUGUUUAAUUGUUAUACAGUGUAAUGUAUCUGUUAGGACCAGAUGUUAGAUAAUCAUGUUUAAUUGUUAUACAGCGUAAUGUAUCUGUUAGGACCAGAUGUUAGAUAAUCAUGUUUAAUUGUUAUACAGCGUAAUGUAUCUGUUAGGACCAGAUGUUAGAUAAUCAUGUUUAAUUGUUAUACAGUGUAAUGUAUCUGUUAGGACCAGAUGUUAGAUAAUCAUGUUUAAUUGUUAUACAGCGUAAUGUAUCUGUUAGGACCAGAUGUUAGAUAAUCAUGUUUAAUUGUUAUACAGCGUAAUGUAUCUGUUAGGACCAGAUGUUAGAUAAUCAUGUUUAAUUGUUAUACAGUGUAAUGUAUCUGUUAGGACCAGAUGUUAGAUAAUCAUGUUUAAUUGUUAUACAGCGUAAUGUAUCUGUUAGGACCAGAUGUUAGAUAAUCAUGUUUAAUUGUUAUACAGUGUAAUGUAUCUGUUAGGACCAGAUGUUAGAUAAUAUUCUGUUUAAUUGUUAUACAGCGUAAUGUAUCUGUUAGGACCAGAUGUUAGAUAAUCAUGUUUAAUUGUUAUACAGUGUAAUGUAUCUGUUAGGACCAGAUGUUAGAUAAUCAUGUUUAAUUGUUAUACAGCGUAAUGUAUCUGUUAGGACCAGAUGUUAGAUAAUCAUGUUUAAUUGUUAUACAGCGUAAUGUAUCUGUUAGGACCAGAUGUUAGAUAAUCAUGUUUAAUUGUUAUACAGUGUAAUGUAUCUGUUAGGACCAGAUGUUAGAUAAUCAUGUUUAAUUGUUAUACAGCGUAAUGUAUCUGUUAGGACCAGAUGUUAGAUAAUCAUGUUUAAUUGUUAUACAGUGUAAUGUAUCUGUUAGGACCAGAUGUUAGAUAAUAUUCUGUUUAAUUGUUAUACAGCGUAAUGUAUCUGUUAGGACCAGAUGUUAGAUAAUCAUGUUUAAUUGUUAUACAGCGUAAUGUAUCUGUUAGGACCAGAUGUUAGAUAAUCAUGUUUAAUUGUUAUACAGUGUAAUGUAUCUGUUAGGACCAGAUGUUAGAUAAUCAUGUUUAAUUGUUAUACAGCGUAAUGUAUCUGUUAGGACCAGAUGUUAGAUAAUAUUCUGUUUAAUUGUUAUACAGUGUAAUGUAUCUGUUAGGACCAGAUGUUAGAUAAUCAUGUUUAAUUGUUAUACAGUGUAAUGUAUCUGUUAGGACCAGAUGUUAGAUAAUAUUCUGUUUAAUUGUUAUACAGCGUAAUGUAUCUGUUAGGACCAGAUGUUAGAUAAUAUUCUGUUUAAUUGUUAUACAGUGUAAUGUAUCUGUUAGGACCAGAUGUUAGAUAAUCAUGUUUAAUUGUUAUACAGUGUAAUGUAUCUGUUAGGACCAGAUGUUAGAUAAUAUUCUGUUUAAUUGUUAUACAGUGUAAUGUAUCUGUUAGGACCAGAUGUUAGAUAAUAUUCUGUUUAAUUGUUAUACAGUGUAAUGUAUCUGUUAGGACCAGAUGUUAGAUAAUAUUCUGUUUAAUUGUUAUACAGUGUAAUGUAUCUGUUAGGACCAGAUGUUAGAUAAUCAUGUUUAAUUGUUAUACAGUGUAAUGUAUCUGUUAGGACCAGAUGUUAGAUAAUAUUCUGUUUAAUUGUUAUACAGCGUAAUGUAUCUGUUAGGACCAGAUGUUAGAUAAUCAUGUUUAAUUGUUAUACAGCGUAAUGUAUCUGUUAGGACCAGAUGUUAGAUAAUCAUGUUUAAUUGUUAUACAGUGUAAUGUAUCUGUUAGGACCAGAUGUUAGAUAAUCAUGUUUAAUUGUUAUACAGCGUAAUGUAUCUGUUAGGACCAGAUGUUAGAUAAUCAUGUUUAAUUGUUAUACAGCGUAAUGUAUCUGUUAGGACCAGAUGUUAGAUAAUCAUGUUUAAUUGUUAUACAGCGUAAUGUAUCUGUUAGGACCAGAUGUUAGAUAAUCAUGUUUAAUUGUUAUACAGCGUAAUGUAUCUGUUAGGACCAGAUGUUAGAUAAUCAUGUUUAAUUGUUAUACAGCGUAAUGUAUCUGUUAGGACCAGAUGUUAGAUAAUCAUGUUUAAUUGUUAUACAGUGUAAUGUAUCUGUUAGGACCAGAUGUUAGAUAAUCAUGUUUAAUUGUUAUACAGCGUAAUGUAUCUGUUAGGACCAGAUGUUAGAUAAUCAUGUUUAAUUGUUAUACAGCGUAAUGUAUCUGUUAGGACCAGAUGUUAGAUAAUCAUGUUUAAUUGUUAUACAGUGUAAUGUAUCUGUUAGGACCAGAUGUUAGAUAAUCAUGUUUAAUUGUUAUACAGCGUAAUGUAUCUGUUAGGACCAGAUGUUAGAUAAUCAUGUUUAAUUGUUAUACAGUGUAAUGUAUCUGUUAGGACCAGAUGUUAGAUAAUAUUCUGUUUAAUUGUUAUACAGCGUAAUGUAUCUGUUAGGACCAGAUGUUAGAUAAUCAUGUUUAAUUGUUAUACAGCGUAAUGUAUCUGUUAGGACCAGAUGUUAGAUAAUCAUGUUUAAUUGUUAUACAGUGUAAUGUAUCUGUUAGGACCAGAUGUUAGAUAAUCAUGUUUAAUUGUUAUACAGCGUAAUGUAUCUGUUAGGACCAGAUGUUAGAUAAUAUUCUGUUUAAUUGUUAUACAGUGUAAUGUAUCUGUUAGGACCAGAUGUUAGAUAAUCAUGUUUAAUUGUUAUACAGUGUAAUGUAUCUGUUAGGACCAGAUGUUAGAUAAUAUUCUGUUUAAUUGUUAUACAGCGUAAUGUAUCUGUUAGGACCAGAUGUUAGAUAAUAUUCUGUUUAAUUGUUAUACAGCGUAAUGUAUCUGUUAGGACCAGAUGUUAGAUAAUCAUGUUUAAUUGUUAUACAGCGUAAUGUAUCUGUUAGGACCAGAUGUUAGAUAAUCAUGUUUAAUUGUUAUACAGUGUAAUGUAUCUGUUAGGACCAGAUGUUAGAUAAUAUUCUGUUUAAUUGUUAUACAGUGUAAUGUAUCUGUUAGGACCAGAUGUUAGAUAAUAUUCUGUUUAAUUGUUAUACAGUGUAAUGUAUCUGUUAGGACCAGAUGUUAGAUAAUCAUGUUUAAUUGUUAUACAGUGUAAUGUAUCUGUUAGGACCAGAUGUUAGAUAAUAUUCUGUUUAAUUGUUAUACAGCGUAAUGUAUCUGUUAGGACCAGAUGUUAGAUAAUCAUGUUUAAUUGUUAUACAGCGUAAUGUAUCUGUUAGGACCAGAUGUUAGAUAAUCAUGUUUAAUUGUUAUACAGCGUAAUGUAUCUGUUAGGACCAGAUGUUAGAUAAUAUUCUGUUUAAUUGUUAUACAGUGUAAUGUAUCUGUUAGGACCAGAUGUUAGAUAACAUUCUGUUUAAUUGUUAUACAGUGUAAUGUAUCUGUUAGGACCAGAUGUUAGAUAAUCAUGUUUAAUUGUUAUACAGCGUAAUGUAUCUGUUAGGACCAGAUGUUAGAUAAUAUUCUGUUUAAUUGUUAUACAGCGUAAUGUAUCUGUUAGGACCAGAUGUUAGAUAAUCAUGUUUAAUUGUUAUACAGCGUAAUGUAUCUGUUAGGACCAGAUGUUAGAUAAUCAUGUUUAAUUGUUAUACAGUGUAAUGUAUCUGUUAGGACCAGAUGUUAGAUAAUCAUGUUUAAUUGUUAUACAGCGUAAUGUAUCUGUUAGGACCAGAUGUUAGAUAAUCAUGUUUAAUUGUUAUACAGUGUAAUGUAUCUGUUAGGACCAGAUGUUAGAUAAUAUUCUGUUUAAUUGUUAUACAGUGUAAUGUAUCUGUUAGGACCAGAUGUUAGAUAAUCAUGUUUAAUUGUUAUACAGCGUAAUGUAUCUGUUAGGACCAGAUGUUAGAUAAUCAUGUUUAAUUGUUAUACAGUGUAAUGUAUCUGUUAGGACCAGAUGUUAGAUAAUCAUGUUUAAUUGUUAUACAGCGUAAUGUAUCUGUUAGGACCAGAUGUUAGAUAAUCAUGUUUAAUUGUUAUACAGUGUAAUGUAUCUGUUAGGACCAGAUGUUAGAUAAUCAUGUUUAAUUGUUAUACAGCGUAAUGUAUCUGUUAGGACCAGAUGUUAGAUAAUAUUCUGUUUAAUUGUUAUACAGCGUAAUGUAUCUGUUAGGACCAGAUGUUAGAUAAUCAUGUUUAAUUGUUAUACAGUGUAAUGUAUCUGUUAGGACCAGAUGUUAGAUAAUAUUCUGUUUAAUUGUUAUACAGCGUAAUGUAUCUGUUAGGACCAGAUGUUAGAUAAUCAUGUUUAAUUGUUAUACAGUGUAAUGUAUCUGUUAGGACCAGAUGUUAGAUAAUCAUGUUUAAUUGUUAUACAGUGUAAUGUAUCUGUUAGGACCAGAUGUUAGAUAAUCAUGUUUAAUUGUUAUACAGUGUAAUGUAUCUGUUAGGACCAGAUGUUAGAUAAUCAUGUUUAAUUGUUAUACAGCGUAAUGUAUCUGUUAGGACCAGAUGUUAGAUAAUCAUGUUUAAUUGUUAUACAGCGUAAUGUAUCUGUUAGGACCAGAUGUUAGAUAAUCAUGUUUAAUUGUUAUACAGUGUAAUGUAUCUGUUAGGACCAGAUGUUAGAUAAUCAUGUUUAAUUGUUAUACAGCGUAAUGUAUCUGUUAGGACCAGAUGUUAGAUAAUCAUGUUUAAUUGUUAUACAGCGUAAUGUAUCUGUUAGGACCAGAUGUUAGAUAAUCAUGUUUAAUUGUUAUACAGUGUAAUGUAUCUGUUAGGACCAGAUGUUAGAUAAUCAUGUUUAAUUGUUAUACAGCGUAAUGUAUCUGUUAGGACCAGAUGUUAGAUAAUCAUGUUUAAUUGUUAUACAGUGUAAUGUAUCUGUUAGGACCAGAUGUUAGAUAAUAUUCUGUUUAAUUGUUAUACAGCGUAAUGUAUCUGUUAGGACCAGAUGUUAGAUAAUCAUGUUUAAUUGUUAUACAGUGUAAUGUAUCUGUUAGGACCAGAUGUUAGAUAAUCAUGUUUAAUUGUUAUACAGCGUAAUGUAUCUGUUAGGACCAGAUGUUAGAUAAUCAUGUUUAAUUGUUAUACAGCGUAAUGUAUCUGUUAGGACCAGAUGUUAGAUAAUCAUGUUUAAUUGUUAUACAGUGUAAUGUAUCUGUUAGGACCAGAUGUUAGAUAAUCAUGUUUAAUUGUUAUACAGCGUAAUGUAUCUGUUAGGACCAGAUGUUAGAUAAUCAUGUUUAAUUGUUAUACAGUGUAAUGUAUCUGUUAGGACCAGAUGUUAGAUAAUAUUCUGUUUAAUUGUUAUACAGCGUAAUGUAUCUGUUAGGACCAGAUGUUAGAUAAUCAUGUUUAAUUGUUAUACAGCGUAAUGUAUCUGUUAGGACCAGAUGUUAGAUAAUCAUGUUUAAUUGUUAUACAGUGUAAUGUAUCUGUUAGGACCAGAUGUUAGAUAAUCAUGUUUAAUUGUUAUACAGCGUAAUGUAUCUGUUAGGACCAGAUGUUAGAUAAUAUUCUGUUUAAUUGUUAUACAGUGUAAUGUAUCUGUUAGGACCAGAUGUUAGAUAAUCAUGUUUAAUUGUUAUACAGUGUAAUGUAUCUGUUAGGACCAGAUGUUAGAUAAUAUUCUGUUUAAUUGUUAUACAGCGUAAUGUAUCUGUUAGGACCAGAUGUUAGAUAAUAUUCUG